AUGAAGGAGAGUACCGAUUACACCCUCCCGCCAGCGGAGAGCAAGUCUCUUCUCCGUAAGAUAGACAGAUGUCUUCUCCCUGUCAUGGCUAUCUCGUAUUUCUUCCAGUUCUUGGAUAAGAUGGCCCUAACCUCCACGGCCAUUCUGGGAAUCCGCGAGGACCUCAACCUUACGGGAGGGCAAUAUUCCUGGGCGGGUGGGAUUUAUUAUUUCGGCUACCUCAUCGCAUCCUAUCCAGCAGGUGCGCUGAUGGUACGUUGGAAAGUCGGCAAAGCAAUUGCCACCUCAGUGCUCGUCUGGGGCGGAAUACUCAUGCUCACAGCCUUAUGCUUCAAUGGCGCGGGUCUACUAGCCACCCGUUUCAUGCUGGGUGUUGCAGAGGCUGUAAUCGCCCCUGGCCUGACGGUUGUCAUUUCCAUGUGGUAUAAACGCGAGGAGCAGCCCCUUCGCCAUGCUGCGUGGUUCAUGGGGAACACCUUUGCCGGCAUCUUUGGCAGUCUCAUCCAGUACGGCAUCGGGCACAUAGAGACCAUUGCACCUUGGAAGGCCGUCUUCUUAAUUCUCGGUGCGAUCACUGUUUCUUGGUCUGCUGGGGUUUUCUUUCUUCUACCAGAUACCCCGAUGGAUGCCUGGUUUCUCAGCCGGGCAGAUCGCAGUAAGGCAAUCGCAAGGGUCAACGAGAACUUGACCGGUAUCAAAAACGACGAAUUCAAAUGGCCGCAGUGCUUCGAAGCCUUGAGAGAUCCAAAGGCGUGGUUCAUCUUCUGUAUGCAAAUGACCUCUAGCAUUCCAAACGGGGGCGUCACGACCUUCAGCGCAAUUGUCAUUAAAGGUCUCGGAUUCAGCACCUUCAACACCCUUCUCCUCAACUCUGUCAGCUAUCUCCUCCAGCUCAUCAUGGUAUUGCUCUGCACAACAGGAAGCACCUACCUCCCCAACACCCGGACCUACUUUAUGGCGUUCAACUACGCAGUCGCCCUGGUUGGAGCUGCCAUGGUGCGCGAGCUGCCGGAGACACAGAAAUGGGCACGCUUCGCUGGGACGUGUCUACUGACGGGAUACUCUGCAAGCUUUCCACUGAAGAUGGCCUUGAUGUCUGGGAACUUUGCAGGGUUUACCAAGAAGACUACCGUAAAUGCCAUGAGCUUUAUCGGCUACUGCGCCGGCAACAUCAUCGGGCCCCAUCUGUUCUUCGACCACGAAGCACCAACGUACACCUCCGCCUUCCUGGCUAUGAUGAUCUGUCCGUCUAUCGGAAUUGUUCUCUCCCUUAGCUUCAGAGCAUACCUUGUUUGGGUCAACCGAUGCCGUGAUAAGGCUGCUGGGGGGUCAGGUCCAGUGGAUACUACUGAUCUACAAACGGGGGUUGCACUUAACCUUAUGGAUAAGACGGAUAUGGAGAUGCCUCAGUUUAGAUAUGUUUAUUAG